GGCCUACCUCGCAUCAGGACCAGUCUGGCUGCACCUGCAUCCUUCGCUCAGAGCAUCCCCCGAGCAUCCGAGGAGGCGGCCGCAGCUGGCAACCGGGGGCCCGACCGUCACAGGAGGCGUCCGCCAGACACCUUCCCCCUCCCCUGAGCUAGCGCUAUACAGCGGCGGCCUCGGUGCUGGCCGGGCGCCCCCAGACUUGCCCGACCCCUGAGAAAGCAUUUGUAGCAAGAGCCUCUGGCUACGACAUGGCUGAGAUCACCAACAUCCGACCGAGCUUCGAUGUGUCCCCAGUGGUGGCUGGCCUCGUCGGGGCAUCAGUGCUGGUGGUGUGCGUCUCGGUGACCGUCUUUGUGUGGACAUGCUGCCACCAGCGGGCAGAGAAGAAGCACAAGACCCCCCCGUAUAAGUUCAUCCACAUGCUCAAAGGCAUCAGCAUCUACCCAGAGACGCUCAGCAACAAGAAGAAAAUCAUCAAAGUGCGGAGAGACGAAGACGGCCCUGGGAGGGGAGGCGGGCGCGGGAGUGUGCUGGUAGAUGCCGCCGAGGCCGGCCUGCUGGGCCCCGACCGGGGUCCCAAGGGCCCGGGCUCUGGUUCUUGUAUGGACCAGUUACCCAUCAAGAUGGACUAUGGGGAAGAACUAAGGAGCCCCAUUGCGAGCCUGACCCCCGGGGAGAGCAAAACCACGUCUCCGUCAUCUCCAGAGGAGGACGUCAUGCUGGGAACCCUCACCUUCUCCGUGGACUAUAACUUCCCGAAAAAAGCCCUGGUGGUGACGAUCCAGGAGGCCCACGGGCUGCCAGUGAUGGACGAGCAGACCCAGGGCUCUGACCCUUACAUCAAAAUGACCAUCCUCCCUGACAAGCGGCAUCGGGUGAAGACCAGAGUGCUGCGGAAGACACUGGACCCCGUGUUCGACGAGACCUUCACCUUCUACGGCAUCCCGUACAGCCAGCUGCAGGACCUGGUGCUACACUUCCUCGUGCUCAGCUUCGACCGCUUCUCCCGGGACGACGUCAUCGGGGAAGUCAUGGUGCCGCUGGCUGGCGUGGACCCCAGCACGGGCAAGGCACAGCUGACCAGGGACAUCACCAAAAGGAACAUCCAGAAGUGCAUUAGCAGAGGGGAGCUCCAGGUGUCUCUGUCCUACCAGCCCGUGGCACAGAGACUGACCGUGGUGGUCCUCAAAGCCCGGCACCUGCCGAAAAUGGACAUCACCGGCCUCUCAGGUAAUCCUUAUGUCAAGGUGAACGUCUACUACGGCAGAAAGCGCAUCGCCAAGAAGAAAACCCACGUGAAGAAGUGCACUUUGAACCCUGUCUUCAACGAGUCCUUCGUCUACGACAUCCCCCCCGACCUCCUGCCUGACGUCAGCAUCGAGUUCCUGGUCAUCGACUUCGACCGCACCACCAAGAACGAGGCGGUGGGAAGGCUGAUCCUGGGGGCACACAGCGUCACCAGCAGCGGCGCUGAGCACUGGCGGGAGGUGUGUGAGAAACCCCGCAAGCCGGUGGCUAAGUGGCACAGUCUGAGCGAGUACUAGUCGUGUCGUCCUCGCCUGGGCCCGGGCCAGGCAGGCCGACGGGGACGGAGAUGCCACACAGGAGCGGACUCAGAACCUCAUUUUAGUUGUAGAAGAUUUCUUACAAAACACACCCCACAAAGAACACCCCACAUGACCACAGCUGCAGAUCAGUUCUUAGCGAUGACGAUUUUUCUCCUUUGCAAGGCACUAGAAAUCUUUUUUUUUUUUUUUUAAU